AUGCUCCGGCUGCGCGAGCAAAACCUGACCGCCGACGCCGUGCUCGACGCCGUGCUCGCCUUUGUCGGCGGCGCGUCGCACCCGACGUACGAGGGCGCGUACGGCAACGACGAGUGGCAGGUGCUGCGCGUGAGCUUCUCGGACCGGCCGAGCGUGUGUCUGCGCGUCGAGCACCCGCGGCACCACCACGACGAGAGCGCCGCGUCCAUCCUGGCGCGCGCCGACGCCGAGCGCCGCGUGUACGAGCGCCUCGGCGCCGUCGACUUCCACUGGUCCACGCGCCUCGUCGGCGCCAGCCUCUCGUUUGACAACCCCGUCGGAUACCCGUUUCUGGUCCUCGACUUUGCUGGCGAGCACCGCCUCCGCUGGACCGACGACUCCCCGCCCGAGGAGCAGCGGCCGCCCCUGCUGGCGAGGUUGGCGCGCAUACAGCUGCAGCUGCUUCAGCGCACGUUGGAAACUAGAGAGAUGACGGCGUACGAGUACUAUGAGCAACGCAUCCAGAGACGACUGCAGCAGAUCCGCGCGGGGAACCUGCCUGAACUGGUUGAGCAGGACGUGCUCGACCAAUUGGCGCUGCUGCCGCGAGUCCUAGGUGACGACAAGGACUGCCAGCAGUUUGCCAUGGAGCACGGCGACCUGCGCGCCGAGAGCAUCAUCAGCGCCGACCAAUGCAUCAUCGAGGCUAUCGUCGACUGGGGCUCCGCCGAAGUGGUGCCCCUGGUGCAGGCCGCGCGGCUGCCGCCGCUGCUGUGGCGCGGCUCCGACGACGACGACGACGACAUCCUGCUCCCCAGCGCGGCCAUGCUGCGCGACCGCGUGGCGUACAUGGCGGCUACGGCGGCCGCGGCUGACGCCGACGACUCCAUGGCCGCCGAGGCCAUGCGCAGCGCCCAGACGGGGCCGCGCGUCGACUUCCGCACGCUGUUCCUCGAGUCCAUCAGGAGCGAGAGCGUGCUGACGGCGCUGGCGGCGGCGGCGUGGACGCUCCCGUAUGAGAAGGGCUACCACGCCUCCAGCCAAGACUUCCUAAAAGUUUCCAUGACGGGCCUAUAA